AUGCGCGUAAAAGAUUUGGUCACAGUUCUAUUGGCGUUAAUAUCGUCAUCUUCUUGCAGCCCAACACGUCGUCUCCCUUGGAAUCCUCGGCUGCAUGGUGUCGCGGGCUUUAGAAAUUGCACGACCUCCAACCCAACCCAAAUAUCUGUCAUUAAUUCAGUUGUGGUGACUCUAACAAUCCCUCCUCCUUCGGUUCCCUCAACCACUCGUGGCAGUGAUGCGAAGGCCACCGUCUGCUUGGAGUUUGUGGAUUCUGGUGGAAGCGGAGCUCCGAGAGUGGUUCUUUGCUCCCCAACAACGCAAUCGACGGCUUUUCUAACGACGUCUGGAAUCCGUGGAUCUGGCGGCGUUGGAGCGACGGGUUAUCCAGCAAUCAUCUCGAUCAGCGAUGGGACGGCUUCUCCCGAACUGGAAUCAACCCACAGACCGAUGCUUUCAUCGAUCGCUGGAAAGAAUGACACUCGUCCGUCAAUUACGGGAACUGGUGCAUUUUCCACCACCUUCGUCCGCACGACUGUCACAAAACGGCCAUGUCCUAGCUCAUCGACUUCAAGCCCUGCUCCUCCACCCAACGUACCUAUAACAAUCAGCUUUCCCGGGUCCGACCCUCCCGAGAGUCCAGACAGUACAACGAUGCACGUUUCCGAUAUCACAUUGUUCACCAUGUCGGGAAUUCCAUCUCCUUCGCCUCCCACAAGUACAACUUCCUCCUUAUCUUCUCCGUCGAUUCCUUCGAUACCCCCAAAUCCCCCCAGUGUCUCACCUAAAUCGGACAUCCCACUGGGAUCCAGUUCUGAGGGCUUGUUAUCGCUACUCGCACCAAGGCUGUUUGUUGAGAUUUUCAAAAUGACGAACUUCUUCCACCAGAUAUACCUGAGCCAUGCAAACCGCGUUGUUACUGAUUAUAUCACCAGAGGAAGACGCCACAAGAUUUCUCGGGCGCAGAUUGAAAUGCAAAUUCUGAAAGAAAUCGAGAAAUCUUCUCUUCCGUCAGCAUAUCGCGUUUCGUGGUACGCAUUGGUAUUGCAAUCGGACACGUUUGAUAUUUACUGGCUGGGGCAGCGCGACCAGCACCAUCUCAGCAAAGAGUCGAUUGCGCGGUUGAAGCCGGAUGAAUCUCUUAUUGAAGAAUGCGUUUUCGAAAGCCCCGAAAGCUCUCCUGCCUGCUCGGAUCGAGAGAUGUCUAACAGCCCACAGGCGGAGACUACAGCUGAAGGAGUUAGUUCAAUUUCCAGCUCAAGCUCUAACGAUGAUGACGGAACAAUCGACAACCAGCCCUCCUCGGCAUCCAAUACACCACCGAUAGCGCAGCCUGAAUCUGAGGAACGAGCCGAAGCCUACAAAGCCACUCCGGCAGAAACACUAAUUCCUAGCAUUGAGGGUGGGCCUGUCCAUCCCCAUGUAUCAGGAAAAACCAUUUCAGAAAUAGUUGUCAUUCCUGGGACAUCCAGGAAGACCACUCCGAGACCAGCGCAGCCCGCACGCAAGGCACGUAAAACAACAGCUACUGCAAGCACCCCCAAGAAACAAAAGGCCGCUAGGAUGAAAGCUCCGUCGAAGAAGAAACCUAAAGUGGCGCUUAAAAAGCCUAGAGUUACUCUAGGCACUACUACCGAAGAGUCUGAGAAAGACCAAGAGCCGAUGAAUGCAGAACCCAAUGGCGUCGACCCAGAGCUCCAAAUGGGGAGUCGAGCCACCUCUGCGGGCGACCGAGACCAGACAAAAACACAGGAGCGGGUUAAGAAAGCCUGGGAAACACGGCGACGUAAAGCAGCUGAAAAAGCAGCCGAAAAAGCCGCCGCAAAGGCGGUGGCUUUGGCCCAGGAGGAGGGGACAGCUACAUGCCACAACACUGUCGUGCAGCCUGCCGCAUCCCCAGCUGCAAAAGCCGGCAAAGGGCGAGGCAGAAAGAAGAAAGCAGUGCGUUUCAACCUCCCCGAAACCAAUCCUGACGGCGAAGAGAAAUAUUGA